UUAAAAAUAAUAGUACUUGCUAAUAGCCUGAUACUACUGUCGGACUGUAGUACUAGUAACCUAACAGUUGUGCGAAGUUGAAACAGGAAUUGGAGAUUGAAGCGUGAUAAAUCAAUUGUGUGGCAUAAGUUAUAUUUUUAUCAUUCAGUCAUUGUUGUGACUCAAGGUGUUGCCAAUCUUAGCCUAAAUCAAUUAAGCAAAUUUCAAUAUCACAAAAGAUAUAGGCUGACAAGCGUCAGCGAUCGGAGAUUUGACCAACUCAGUUACGAAGUUACUGCAAUACUGCACGAAUUCUGAAGAUGGAAAAUCAAGGUGUCCCUUCUGAUUCAGCACCUGAUGACAAGUUGAGAAAUAAUUCGAAUACAUCUGAUUCUUCAUCCAGUUCUUCUGAUAAGGCAAGAAGUCCGACACCACAGAAAAAACAACAUUCACCUAAGAAUGAAGAUAGAAGAAAUAAAAGUAGAAAUCAUAUAAGAAGACGUAGAAGCAGGUCAAACAGUGAAUCAUCUGAGGAUGAACAUCACAGAAAACAUUCACACCGACACAGGGAGUCUAGUAAAAAAUCUCAUCACCACAGACAUAGGCAUUCAAGCAGGGAAAGGAGAAGAAAGCAUCGCUCAAGGUCACCAAGGAGAAGACAACAUAAUUCUUAUGGGAAAAGGUCACCAAGGAACUCAGGUGAUGAGGAAUCAGAAUCAAGACGUAGAAGAUCAAGAUCCAGAGAUGGAUCAAGAUCGAACCGAAGGUCUUCUCGUGAACGUCGCCAUCGAUCAUCCCGACAUAGAAGAUCGCGAUCUCCUAAGCAUAGUCGCAGAAACGGCCUCCAUAGUAAAGUUGAGGCUGACAAAAUGAAAGACGCUUCUGGUAAAUCAGCGUCAACUCAUAGGAAAAACAGUUGGAGCAGGUCUCCUUCGCCUCCGACAGGUUACGAUAGAGCAAUGGAUGCUCAGGAGCGAUUAGCGAGGAGGUUGGAGCGGGCAAGAGAAUUAAUGAGAAGAAAAAAUGAACUGAGUAAGAAAGAAAAUACAGAUGCAAAAAACAUGAGUGGCCUCUCAGCCCUUGAUAAAGUUCAAGAAGCUGUUAAACGUGCUAGUCAGAUAGUUUCUGGUGAUUCGACUGUGAACACAUCUCAAGAGGGAAUUAGUGCUGUGGCAUCUGCUCAAAUCGAAGCUCUCAAAGCAAAAGCUCUGGCUGAAACUGGAAUUGAAGUUCCGUCAUAUUAUAAUCCACUUGCCGUUAACCCAAUGAGUUAUGCACAUCAAGCUAUGAAGCGAAAAAUGCUUUGGUCCAAGAAAGAUGAUAAUGAGAAAGACAAAGAGAAACAAACUUCAACUAUCCCAGGAAAGACUGCAUUGUGGAGUAGUGUUAAGUUCGGUGAUGAUAAAUCAAAUGAAAAGUUUGCAAAACUAAUGGGAAUCAAAGGAGAUCAGGGUAACGGAUCCGAAGAUGCUGAGGCAAAUGCAAUAAUUAAGAAGCAAGCAGAAGUUUUUCAGAACCUUGAUAUGCAAUAUCAACAAGCGAGGAUUACAACACAUACACAGAGAGGACUUGGUCUUGGAUUUUCAACAUCGAUGAUAAACCCUAAUACAUCAACACAACAACCAACUUCUACGACUUAAUGAGUUUGCUGUAUUGUUUUUGCUCUAUUUUUUAUGAUUUAAUUAUUAGCAUUCUGUGCAACAUCGAUCAUUAUGAUCAUAAAACACUGAUGGUAUAAAUUUGAAUGAACAGACA